UGCAUUCUGUCGGUGAAAAAUAAUUGGUCAUGGCUGACUAAGUUGAUGAAGUGCUCUGAAACUCACCUCAAUCAUUCAUCCAAUUACCACCAGUAUUACCAUACAAUAAAAGAGCUGAGGCAGUGGUUGCCAGUAGAUCUCGAGAAGGCCAACAAUUUGUUGAACGUGGCAGAAAUGAAAAAAAACCUGCAAGGAGCUACCGUCAACAAGUUGCUUCUGGAAAUUAAAACAGCACUUACUAUAUUCUUGAGUUGGAACUCCAGACUUCACCAAAUUCUCUUACAAAGCAAGCAGUUGGUGCCAGUUCAUUUGAGAACUCACAAAAUCACCCAACCUCGAAUGGCUGUGUCACUAGCCAAGUACCAAACUAAAAAUGUGAAAAUCGAAGAAGGAGAAGAGGUGAUUGUGCAGGACAAUAGUAGAAUUGAAACUUGGGAGGUAGUGAGGAACGUAAGAAACGAAGAGUUUGUGAUUCCGUCUGUUAUAUUAACCAUACCUGGUCCCGAUCCUGAAGCCGUUGAUGCCGCUCUCAAGUUGACGUUGGAAUUUUUGGGCAUAUGGACAGUGAUGGUGAAGAAGUACGGAAGGACAAUCAUCUGGUUCCUCCUGCAAGUUAUCCGCGAGUGGACACCCUCUGAGGAGAAAAUGUUGAAAAAUCUGUCAAAGAAAGAAAAAAAUGAAAUAUUACAUCUUCUGAAAUCGAUUGAAGAAACUUUCAGCAGAUAUUGGAAGUCUUACAAGUUGUACGUAGCACUCGAGAGCAGGAUGGAACAUUUAAAAAAAAUUCUCAUUCAACGCGGCGAUGAAAGCAUUUCUGCUGAAAAAGGUUCACUACUAGUCAUUCAAACUGUACAGUUGGAAGACCUGCUGGCUAAAUACAGAGAAUUUUGGAAAAAUUGGGAGAUAUUCAAAGUGUUGAAUGAAACAAUGAAACAUCCCGAAUGUCUAUUAACUGUUUCUAACUGGCAUCAAUAUCAAUAUUGUGAUUUUGAAGAAUGGACCAGAAAAUGGCAGCUAGCUCUUGAGUUUGAUGAGGAUGAGUUCAAUGAACCAGUAGAUGAAGAAAUUCAAGUGGAAAGAGCCAAGGAAACUGCUGAAGCAUCUCAACUGUACACCAGUGAGCAGGAAGAAAACCAGACAUUCAUCAUCACGGGUGUGAUGGAUACAAAAUCAGAAGAAGAGAUAUCGUUAGACGAUGCGAUAGAAAAAGGUAUCAUCAACCAAACGGAGGGUAAAUAUUACGACACCAAAAAGAGAAGUUCUCUUCCUAUUCCCGUAGCCAUGAGUGAAGGAAAGAUCAAAGUUGAAAAGGUGGACAUAAAAAAAUCUGCUGAAAAAGUUAAGGAUAUCGGUUUAAUAACUAUCACAGUUAUUAAAGAAUCUAGACCUUACAAACUGAAAGGAGUGAUAGAUACGAGAAAUGAUCAGAAGUUGUCGGUAGAAGAGGCAACAAAAUGUGGCAUACUUGAUCAAAAAAACAGCCAGUACAAAGAUUUGGUCAGUGGGAGCGUUAUCUCAUUGGCUGAUGCGCUCGAUAGUGGUUUGCUCAUUGUUGAAUUUCAACCUAUAAAUGGAAAUGGCAGUGCAACCGCGUUAACAAAGACGUAUGCGGUUAGCGCAGUCGUGGACAUGCUUAACAACCAAAAAUAUACAUUCUCUGAAGCCGUAAGGGCUGGCCUUAUAAACGCUGACGAUGGAUCAUAUUUGGACAGAAGAACAAACACCAACGUAUAUAUUGGAGACGCAAUCAAGGAGAGUUACCUUAAAGCCAUCAUUGUGAAAAAUCCAAAACUUUUAGAUAUCAAUCCAGCAAACAGAAUAAGCAUCAGCGAAGAAAAAAUGAAUUUCUUCAAGCAAACUUUAAUUAAACCGCUGCGAGCUCUGAAUGCGCUGAAAAUCGGCGUGAGUGAAUAA